GACAGAAAAAAAUAUGUAAAAAUGGAUAUUUGGAAAUGUGUGGUUUGAGGAACUAUCUAGGAAUACUACAUAGGACGUAUUUUGGAGCUAUGAAGUUCAAAGAACGACUUAUUUUCGUAACUUGUUUAAUUCUUAUAAUUCUACCGUUUCUAUGGCUCCACAUCGCCGAGUACCAAGAACGCCAACUGGAGGAAUCUGAACGGACUAUUAGAUUACUAAAAGUAGAAGACAAAUACGAUUUUAAUUCAAUGGAACAUGGUCAUAGUCUUUCAAAAGACUCAAAUGUUUUAAAAACUCAAAMUAAGGAUAAUAAAGUAGGGGAAAAUAUUCAAAAUGGUCAAAAAUCAAAUGUGGAUACAGGCGAUYUGAAGUCAAAAAACAAAAGAUCAACCGAYGAAAAAAGAAAGCCAAAAGAUGAAGACGAAGACGAUGAAAUUGAAGCAGACGAYGCAUGGCUUGCAUGGAAAGAGAUGGUUAAUUUUCGUACUCUUACRCCUUCRACAUCGGAAGGAGUUAACACAAUUUUGGAUGCCUUAACAUUUAAGCCUGUCGUCGCGGCUGGGAUUGGGUACAAAGGAACUCAGCUAAAAGCUACACUAUUACUCGAGGGAAAGCAAAAAGUUGUAUUUAAACCGAUGAGGUAUCCAAGGGACUUUAUAAUAGAAGGAAAACCUUAUGAUGGCUAUGAUAGACACAAUGGUGAAAUAGCAGCGUUCCAUUUAGAUAGGAUAUUGGGGUUUAACAGAGCUCCUCCAGUAGCCGGAAGAAAAAUAAACUUAGAAGAUGAUAUAGAACCYAUUGCUGAGAGAAACUUACUCAAAACUUUUUUCAAAAAAGAUGGAAACACUUGCUUUUAUGGCGUCUGUCUUUAUUGUAAGAAGUCAGAGCCAGCUUGUGCCAACAAGACAAUAAUGGAGGGCUCUGUUACAGUCUGGCUUCCUCAGGAAUGGGCAUUAACAAAAUGGCGACAUCCGUGGCAAAGAACAUACAGAAAUGGAAGGAAGGCAAAGUGGGAGGUAGAUAAUAAUUACUGCAAGAAAGUCGUUACUAAACAUCCAUACGAUGAAGGACCAAGACUUCUUGAUAUAAUAGAUACAGCUAUAUUUGACUUCCUUAUAGGUAACGCUGACAGACAUCAUUAUGAAGUCCUGAAGAAAGGAGAUGAACAAGGUGUGCUAGUCCACCUUGACAAUGCUAAAAGCUUUGGAAAUCCAAAUGAAGACGAAAUUACUAUAUUAGCACCUCUUUAUCAAUGUUGCAGGGUGCGCCGUUCAACAUGGGACCGACUGUACGAAAUAGCCAAUAAUGAAUCCAAGAAACUUAGCGAAAUGCUGAAAGCUUCAACAGACUUAGACGCCUUAUCGCCAAUUCUAACUGACGCUCACUUGGAAGCUGUGGACCGCAGGCUUUCAACUGUCAUGAAUAUUGGCAAAAAAUGUAUCGAUAAAAAUGGAAAGACUCGUGUACUAAAAGACGAUUCGACUUAGACUGUUGCCUUCUACUGCUACAAGACUUGGAUAUUUUAUAUUUCUGAAGCGUAAAGAAAAGCCAUAGAAAUUUCAAGUAAAGAAAACUUAACUUAUUGUUGUCAAAAUCCUGAAAGAAACAGAUUUUAAACGUUCCGCCACGCUUGCUGUAAAU